UUGGCCGGGCGGGGGCGCUGCCAUGUUGGAGGAAGCAGUGCCUUCUGUACUGUGGAAACGCCGUGGCUUCACAGGUAGCGUCGGGGAGCGCAGCCUCCUACCUUUCCUCCUCGCUCGAGUGUCGGUGCUGACAGGCGGCGGCGGGCGGGAUGGAGAGAAGUAGGAUGAACCUGCCCAAGGGGCCGGACUCGCUCUGCUUCGACAAGGACGAGUUCAUGAAGGAAGAUUUCGACGUCGAUCAAUUUGUGUCUGACUGUAGGAAGCGUGUCCAGCUGGAGGAACUAAGAGGAGAUCUGGAACUCUACUAUAAACUUCUUAAAAUAGCCAUGGUCGAGCUCAUCAACAAGGAUUAUGCAGAUUUUGUCAACCUUUCCACAAACUUGGUAAACCUGAAAUUCACAAGUCCUACACACACACACACACACUUUCUCUCUCCUUCAUAUUUAUUAAAAGGGCAGAGUUUUUAGAAACCUUUCAGUUGAUUACCCCACCAACCCCACCAGAAACUUGAAGAAAUUACCAAUUUCAUUAAUAAAAGAACUAAACUUUUUGGAAUACA